CCUCCCCAGCAGCCGUCGCCGCCGCCACAGCAGCCGCCGCCGCCGCCGCCGCAGCCGCCGCAGCAGCAGCAGCCGCCGCCCCAGGCCCCCCCCAUGGAGCCCGAGGCCCCGGAUUCCCGCAAGAGGCCCCUCGAAACGCCCCCCGAGGUGGUCUGCACUAAGCGCAGCAACACGGGAGAGGAAGGCGAAUAUUUCCUGAAGGUGCUGAUCCCCAGCUACGCGGCAGGCUCCAUCAUUGGCAAGGGCGGGCAGACCAUCGUGCAGCUGCAGAAGGAGACAGGAGCCACCAUCAAGCUCUCUAAGUCCAAAGACUUCUAUCCGGGAACCACAGAACGAGUAUGCCUGGUACAGGGCACAGCAGAGGCCUUGAAUGCUGUGCACAGCUUUAUUGCUGAGAAGGUCCGAGAAAUCCCACAAGCAAUGACCAAGCCUGAGGUGGUCAACAUCCUUCAACCCCAAACCACGAUGAACCCCGACAGAGCCAAGCAGGCCAAGCUGAUCGUCCCCAAUAGCACCGCGGGCCUGAUCAUCGGCAAAGGGGGCGCCACCGUAAAAGCCGUGAUGGAACAGUCGGGUGCCUGGGUGCAGCUGUCCCAGAAGCCGGAGGGCAUCAACCUUCAGGAGCGCGUGGUGACCGUCAGCGGCGAGCCGGAGCAGGUGCACAAGGCCGUGAGCGCCAUCGUGCAGAAGGUACAGGAAGACCCCCAGAGCAGCAGCUGCCUCAACAUCAGCUACGCCAACGUGGCUGGCCCCGUGGCCAACUCCAACCCCACCGGCUCACCGUACGCCAGCCCCGCCGACGUGCUGCCCGCCGCCGCCGCCGCCUCGGCCGCUGCCGCCUCGGGCCUGCUGGGCCCCGCGGGGCUGGCGGGCGUGGGCGCCUUUCCAGCCGCCCUGCCUGCCUUCUCAGGCACCGAUCUGCUGGCCAUCAGCACGGCGCUUAACACGCUGGCCAGUUACGGCUACAACACCAACUCCCUCGGCCUGGGCCUCAACUCAGCCGCGGCCUCCGGGGUCCUGGCCGCCGUGGCCGCCGGUGCCAACCCCGCCGCCGCCGCUGCCGCCAACCUCCUGGCGUCCUACGCGGGGGAGGCCGGGGCGGGGCCCGCCGGAGGGGCCGCCCCGCCUCCACCCCCGCCCCCCGGAGCCCUGGGGUCCUUCGCCUUGGCCGCAGCCGCCAACGGCUACCUCGGGGCCGGAGCGGGCGGCGGGGCGGGCGGCGGGGGUGGCCCGCUGGUGGCCGCCGCAGCUGCAGCCGGGGCCGCCGGGGGCUUCCUGACGGCGGAGAAGUUGGCAGCCGAGAGUGCCAAGGAGCUGGUGGAGAUUGCGGUGCCUGAGAACCUGGUGGGGGCCAUCCUGGGCAAAGGGGGCAAGACGUUGGUGGAGUACCAGGAGCUGACAGGCGCGCGCAUCCAGAUCUCCAAGAAGGGAGAGUUCCUGCCUGGCACGCGGAACCGGCGGGUCACCAUCACAGGCAGCCCUGCGGCCACACAAGCCGCUCAAUACCUCAUCAGCCAGCGGGUCACCUACGAGCAGGGAGUGAGGGCCUCAAACCCCCAGAAAGUGGGAUGAGGCCUGUGGUGUGUGCUCCCACCCUCCUCCCGGCCCCUUCUCCUCCUCUUCCUUCUCCUCCCCUCCCCCACCCCACCCCCAACUCCUGACCUCAGCUCGGGUGUAGUCCUGCUCCUCGUGGGAAGGGGCUGGGGUAGGCCUGACUGCACCCCCCCCCGGUAGUCAUAGGCAGGAUUGAGUGAUGGCUGGGGAAGGGGCCCAGAAGCCCCCUCCCCCAGCUCUGAACUGACCCCCUUCUUCCUUCCUCCCGACGCUUGGCUGGGCCUGACCCUCCUAUCCCAGGGCCCGGGUCUGUGUGAUAUCUGUAUAUAUUGCAUUUUGUUGAUUUUAAUAGAAAACAAAGUGUUAUUUUCUCUUUC